AUGUUAUCGCCGAGAACAUCAUAUUUUUCGGAUCAUGCACAGCCGCUCGGUGACAUGUCCAAUCUGGUGGAGGUGAUCGAGGAGUGGAUGGUUUCACUUCCAGAGGCAGUCUUUGACUCACACGCGCGCUGCCUAUCUACGCAAUACGUUCUGGAGAACGCGCCAAUCCCAGACAGCCAGCGUGAUCGCCUGAGUCCAGAACAUAUCGCCGAAGCUGUUACAGACAGCGGUCUGCACACGCGUUUGUGCAGCGAGGCCGGUAAGGGCGCGCGAGUUGUAAAGAUUACACCUGACAGGGCCGAGCCAUCACAGGAAGCUCAGGGAGGUGUUUGGGCGCAGCAGUGGUUUGGUGGCAACUCGUCUGGAAGUGAUGUGGAGAGGACGAAGUUCGCUUACGUGGGCAGAGAGGCUGAUGGAAUUCGUACACCAGAGUUUGGAAGUGAUCAGAGCCCUCAGCAUUGCUACGACUGCCAGGACUGCAACGACUUUGACUACAACUGGGAGCAGCCUAUGCUUGUAGAGCCUGCUGCAUUUGUUCAGGUUCCCAUGAUGUGCACACCCUGGGGCAUGUCACCUAUGUUUGUGUGCCUUUCCGAGACGUCGGGCACCCCAACAUCCUUCGACCUGCAUUGGGCUGAAAGAAAGAUAUCGGAUUUGGAUGGUGCUUCUUCGGAGGCUGCUUGGCGAAAACGCAAAGGUCUCCUUUCCGCUGCUGUUGCCCGUUACCUGCGGCAAGAGGGCCAGCAUGGCAGCGUGCCCGUGGAGGAGUUGUUGCAGCAACAUCCAUACUUGUGGAACAAAUGCCACAGUGCAAGCGAGUUGGCAAGAUGUCUUGCACAUGCUGGGGAUCUGAAUCCUGUGGUUGUCGACCUUUUCAACUGCACUGUGCGACUGCGGACGGAGGAUGAGGCCUUAACAGCAGCCUGCGAGAGAAUCCUGGGUGGACUUCAGGACCAAGGUCUUUCAACGUUGAACUUCUUCGAGGCGCUGGGGUCACGCGAGGUGCAGUCAGGGUCUCAGGUUCUUCAAGCUCUGCGGAUUCUGAUACAUUAG